AUGGGGGGUGCCAGCUUCAUUUGGGCAUUGGAACACUUUGUCAAUGCCCUGCAGGAUGUUGGAUUGCCUCAAGAUUCCAUUGGUAUUGAUUGCAUUGAUGAGGAGUGCCUGGAUCAUUUUCGACACGACUCUUCCAACAAACUAGUUCGACUGGAAUCCUUCACAAUAUCACACCCACUUGUCGCCAAGUCUCAAUGUCUCGACAAUCCAACGGUCUCCAACACACGGUGCUUGGUGUCCUUAGGGAAGACUGACAUUGCUUUGAAAAUAUUGAAGGAACAAGAUGCAAUAUUCUUUUUCGAUGCCGAUGUGUUGUUCUUGAAGCACCCCUACAAAGCCAUGAAGGUCCGCAACCGCAAUCUAUCCCUGUCUAGUCAAGCAGAAAACUCAAAAGCCAACUUUGGCAUUCUUCUAGCCUAUCCCGGCCCCUUCACGCUUGCUCUCUUUGGGUAUAUACAGCAAGUCUUUGACCUGACGCAAGGAUUCGAUCAAGGAAUUUUUAACAACUUCUUAAAGAGAGUUGUACCAACGAUGCAGUCAACGAACAUUACCAGUGAUGCAGAUGAGCAUUCGAAGAUCUGUCACGGCAUUUGUGGAGAGCCCUACAAUUACGAACUGUUGUCCCGUAAAAUGUGCAUGAACCUUAUGCUGGGCAAUUACGAUGAAAACGACCACCCCAAUCACGUAGUGGCACAUGGCACCUGUAUCGAAGGAGGGAUUCUCCCUCAAAUUGCCAUGAAAACCUUUUUUGGGUCACCUUCCAGACCCCACUAUUUGUCACAGAAAACAAUCACUUUGGAUCGAGCCUUCAACAAUACACAACAAGAUGAGGAAUUGCUCAACCAAUGUAUGAAAGUGUUGGUUUAUGUUGCAAAACAGACUGGACGGGCCAUUCGCAUCACUUCUGCUCGAAGGAAUCACAUGAUUUAUAGACUCAACUGGUUUCGACUCGUCAGUUCCAGUUACAUUGUUGGAGAGUUGGGCCUUGCCAUGGUAGAGGAUCAAUACUACCCUCGGGCUACGGAAUGGUUUCAACGACCACCUCCGACCAUUUAUUCCGUGUCCUUGGGACAACCCACGACCAAUAGAACAAAGCUGCAGCAACUGGUCGACUUGACAGCAAGGACAGAUGAUGCCAGCUCGGACGAAUGGGUUUUCUCUGUAUCAGAACUAAGCCAAUUGGACGACAAAUCGGUUGGUCGUUUGGCGGGAAAAGAGCUUGGAUAUGAUUUGGACACGGGGGCCUGGAAGCGACCUUUCACCUGUGCCAACAUUUUGGAUGAACGUGGGAGUUGUUUGGGAAUCUGUGACGGAAAUGCUAAUUUCUGA